AAAUAUAUGUAGAUACAUAUGUAAAUGAAUGCACAUGCAUGUGAUUGCAAUUUGUAAAUGUUUAGUAUGAGUGACUAUUAUUUGUUUUGAGUGCAAAAGUGCCCGGUGAACACAACGAAAGUGUAAAAUUUUAAGACAAAACAGAGAGAAGAGCGCCGUGGCAUUCAUAUCAAACGGUGAGCAACAUAACAAAGAGUUAAUAAAUUGCUAAGCUGCGUGAAAAGAGCCAAAAGAGAUAAUUGUUAAAUGUGACGUAAGAAGAAACAAGUUUCAAAUAAGCAAACAAACAAAAAUUUAAUAAAAACAUACGAUUACAAAAAGUGAAUUAAUUAGAGAUGUUAGCGGGCACGCACAACACGCACGCAGCAGACAAAUGCGAAAAUGGUAUGUACAAAUGGCAAAAACUGUUUGCGGUGUAUUUUUGUGUAAAUAAGCGUAGUGAAUUCGCAUAAAAUAAUAAUUAUUUUUAUAAUCGGCAAUGAAAGUAAUAAUGUUUGCAUACUUAAUUUCGUAUGCAGUCGCUGUGGGUCAUGCGAAACUAUUGCGACUCGAGAACACAUUGACUGGCGCGCUUGUGUUGACUGCAGACGCUAUCGGAGGUGCUGCUACGUGGAAUUAGCAAGCAUGCGAUUGAGCAGCAAGUGCCGGUGGGAAAAUAUUAACAAAAUGACAAAAAACGUGUGUUUAAAUAUCUGUUUUGUGGAAAAGUAUGUAUAGUAAAUAAAUAAAGCUGGUAAAACAGCUGAGUAUUUUUAUGAGUACGGAGAGUAACAGCAAGUGCAACAGUUGUGUUGAAGCAGAGUUAUAAACAGAUACUAAGGUGCGCGAGCAAGAAACAGGAAUAAAUUAAAUAAAGAGCAACAAAGAAUAUAAAAAUUAAUAGUGACAACAAGUUAAAAGUUAAACAACAAAACAUAAAAUAAAAUGAAAUCGAAAAUACAACAAUUAAUAACAAAAAAUUUUCCCGCAGCACCAAGGAAUUCCAGCAACUGUUUAUUUAAUGAUUAGAUAAAAGUCAAAACAACAACAAAUAUACUAAGUCAAAGCCCAAAAGUUACACAUACGCCUAGUGGCGACUACACAUACUACGAUAGCAGUAAAUGAAACAUUAUCAACGUUAAAGCAGAUAUGUACUUAAACACAUUCGUACAAAGUACAUAUGUAUGUAUGUAUGUAAAUAUGUAUUUAUUGAAACUUUAAAAUAUCUAGGCAAUACGCUGAUAACAUUCGCGGUUUUUACCUUUCGCAGUUGAUUUUUGCCUUUUGCGAAGUGCGGCCAAAACCGUUUUGUGUUGUGAGAACGUGCGGGUUUAUAAUAAAAUCAAUAUAAAUUAUUAAAAAAAUAAAAAAAUUGAUAUAAGCAAAAAUGUUAACAGAAUUUGCGGGCAAUUUGGCACAUCACCUGGAAUUUGGUCAUGCCUUGGAGAUUGUGGCGAAGACCAUAGACAGCGCCUCAAGAUUCCAAAUCAGUUUGUCGACGACCAAAUCGGUGAUAGAUCCAAAUGCCGACAUCGGUUUGCGCUUCGCUUGCUACUUUCGCAAGGACAUAAUUGUGCGCAAUGCACGUAUCGGUGGCGUGUGGGGUGCGGAGGAGAUACAUGACAUUGAAGGUCAUUCAUUGCAGAAUCCCAUUGAGUCGGGAGAGUUUUUCGUAAUUUACAUACUCGCUUGUGAGGAGAAAUUUCACAUAGCGAUCAACAAUCGGCCCUUUUGCACAUUCAGAUACCGCAUGCCACUCCAGUCGCUGCGCAGCAUCGAGAUAAGCGAGCAAAUACAGGUGAUUAAGCAGGUGGAUCAUCGCGCUGUCUUUCCCUAUCCCUGGCCAGCAAUACAAUCAUCCGAUUUUGGCAAAGCUUUCAGUAAUGAUUCGCCGAUAAUGUUCAGCCCCGGGCAUUUGAUUGUGAUAACCGCGCGUUGUUUCGAUAAUAAGAAGGGUCAAUUUAUAAUUAAGUUUUUGGAUAGCGACACGAAACGUGAGGAGCUGCAUUUCAGCGUGCGUUUCGAUCAGAAAGCUGUGGUGCGCAAUUCAAUGAAUAAGGCCUUUGAAUUUGGACAAGAGGAGCGCCAUGGCGGUUUUCCAUUCGUCUUUAAUCAGCAAUUCAAGCUUGCCAUCGCCUUUACGGAGCGCGAAUUCCUCACCGCCGUGGACGGCUAUAACUUCUGCAGCUAUGCCUAUCGCACAACAAAUGUAUUUCAAAAUCUUGUCGGCUUCAAGGUCACAUGCAUAAAUGGCUUGCACAUGCAUGUGACGGGUGUGGACCACUUGCAAAUGGGUGACCCUUCUUGCACGGGUUUCGAAAAGUAUUCAAAGCACGACUAUGAAUGUGCUUAGCACCAAACAUACCGUAAAACAAAUUUUCUUGUUUCACGCAUUGAAUAUAAGUAUAAAUAUUUUUUGUACAAAACUAUUAGUCAUACAUAAGAUUUCAAAUGCGAAAUAAAAAUCGCCUACGAAUAAUACAUA